AUGAGCUCCAAUCGCAUCAGUAACUUGCCACCCGGGUCAGAAAUACCCUCGACAUCAAGUGCUGUACCCCAGUCGACACCUUGGGGCCAGCAGGAAGGACUAGAGGCUCCCGUCCCGAACGCAUCGCCGAUCACGGACGACAGUGCGCCGAAGUCAAGCAAACGCAGGUGGCAGCACAUGAACAUGGCGACGCCGGACGCUCCCCAGGCAGUGGCAAUUGGCCGGACCCCGCAAUCAGAGAAAGAACACGCAAAGUACGUCCGGCGCAAAGCCAAAGCAAGGCAAAAGGAGGAGGAGCACACACGGACAUUGGCUAGGCUCGCUGAGGUAGAAGGGCAGCGGGAUCUGUUCUUCCAGCAACUGGAGCAAGCGCGGGCGACGAUACAUGAGCUGAGUCGAGAGCGCGAUGCAGCUGGUCCAGAGUUGCCCACGCUCACUCCAGUUCCUGCGGUUCAGCAGAAUGCUGCGCCAGCGAUGGACCAGCAGCCCGUUAGCAUGGAUAUCGACGAGCCCUCGAUGGAUAUCGACGAGCCCUCGCCCCAAGCCACCCAGGAACCGCCGCCGCAAGAACACGCCACCGAGGUGGAGGUCGAUUCCUAUGCGGAUACGCCACAUUCGUCCAGCGGUCGCUCGCCUGUGCGCCGCCCGCACGAAAUCGGGACUCAUAUCGGGCGCGAGUUGCCCCCUCCGCUGAUGGACCUGACAUCCUAUGACGGCCAUCCCCCUGCGGUGCCGGACAUUCAGUUUGCAAGCGGUCUCCGAGUGUGCGCGCCAUACCUCACCGACGAUAAGGAUUGGGAGAAGAAUGCAUUGGCAUUUGAGGAAGACAUGAUGAGAAAGGCGGCCGACAUCUAUAAGAUGUCCACCGAUCGACCGGACAUGGUAUGGCAUCGCGAGUUUUCCACGUACGAGGAGACCGCGAAAGUGGUAGAUGAAGGAAUGUCGCAAGGCGUAGUCGUCGUGAUACACAACUACCCAGAUAGCGUGGAUGCCGCCUGUCGUGUUAACUCGUGGGAGGACGACCCGGCCCUGCAACUGCCCUACCUUGGUCAGGAGCCGGGACGCGGGGUCUUAGGCGCCAACCUGGUUGCCAAACGGCAGUUUCACGAGCCGUCCCGCGUAGAUGCCAGCAAGCGCCGUAGCCACGAAAUGGACCCAUACGUGACUGGAUCUUUGGUCGACUUUAGGAGUUGGCUUGGCGACUCCGGCAUAGUGCGCUGCCUACUGGAUUUGACCGUCCCGAUGGCCCAACGCGACUACAUAUCCGAUGUGCUCAGCGACGGCGCGCUGGAGUGCAACGCAAGGUCACACUCGUUCGACUACACCGCGCCGCACGCCCUCGUCGUCGAUUUUCUUCGCAUCCAGAACUGGUUCUUGCUGCAUACGGGGCGGUUCGUGACGCUGGGCCACCACGAUGCGGACGGGCUGGCCACAUCUAUCCAAAUACGAGGUGGAGGACGCAAAAUAUGGAUCGUCACCCGAGGCUACCAGCCUGUCCUCCAGAGUAAAACGUGGAGCCAGCACGAGGCGCAACGCGAGCACGAGAAGAUGGUCGCUGAGUUCAAGCGACAGGUGCUGGACGCCGCCACGGAUACGUGGGGCGAGACGGACGACCCUACCGUCCCGGCCGACCAGCGCAAGCCUCCCAUCGACGCAUGUGUGCUCGACGUGUCUGCGGGGAUGAUGGUUUUUCAGCCUCCGGGAGUGGUCCACACCGUCAUGACGCCUGUUCACACGGCGAGUGCGGGGGCGCACAUCCUCGGUUUCGGGCACCUUCACCUGACCGAAUUCGUGAGGUAUUGCCAGGUUCAUAACUCCGACAUCGAGUCCACCAACCACGAUCACGCCUGCUCUGUGCAGACGAUGCUCAUCUCCAUGGCCGCCGCGCUGCCAGCUCGGUUGAGAAACGGCUACGUGGUGUACCGGAAACCCAUGAUCGCUUUGACGCUUAUGCUUCUCGAACCGCAACUGUACAUUCGGAUGGACGACCGUAUAUUGCAGACGUGCGACGCCGAGGAGAUCGCCCUUCGCAAACGGCUGGCGCGGCCGAACUGGGAGGAGGGAGGUUGCGAUGUGGAUAAACUGGCCAAAGCGGUGGUGAACAGGAUCGCACUACAGCUGAGGCGACGCAAGGUUGGUGCCUCAUUCCGCACGGUUGGACGCGAGUAUUUGCUGGAAGGCGUGGAGAAGGGGCUUGACUGGCAGCAUCCGGGCGAUGUCGUCGACCUCCGUGGCUGCAUAGACCACUUCAACGACACACACGUACGGGACUACGAGUCGUCGGAUACGCCGCCCGCGCCGGCCCCCGCGCCGCGCGCAAAGAAAGCCGGGGGGAAGAAAACCACCAAGCGUCGUUGA